GUGGAUGAAUUACAAGGACUGGAACUGGUCUAAUACCCAAAACCUUUAACCUAGGUAUUUCCCUGGUUCUGCUGCCUGCUGAUCUACCUAUGGGUUAACUUAUCUGGACAACAGUAAUGUUACUGAGGCCCUGACAUGAAUGGUAGGCACAUACAAGUGGUAGGACUAAAUGUGCCUCUUCAGCAACCUUCCAAACUGAGAAACCCCUUUGUGCACCAUAGUACAGUUCUGCCACACAUAUACCGAUGUAACGGGGAAGAAGGGAGAAGACAUUUUAACAUGGACCCUGGACCACAAAGGAUUAAUGCUGCAGUUCUGGUGUUGGAUUCACAUGGGUCCCUGGAAGGAAAACUCAGAGGCACCUUAGGAAUGACUUUAUACAAGGGAUCCAGCCUCUAAGGAUGGAGCAGUUAUUGUCUUCCUAUUUACACCUUAGCAAGUUCAUUUCUGUAUCUCAAAGUUGGGCCGUACAUACCUGAAACUGGGGCGAGGCGGGGGAUGGUCUCCCCUCAGGACAUAGCAAUCCUCCCUUCUCCUAAUGAGAGCAGAUAUACCUGCGUCCCCCACCCCCUAUGGCUUCCAUUCUGCUGGGCAGAUGCUAUCUCUUCAGCUUCACUCUGCUAAAAGGAAGCCCCCACAGAAGUGCAGCAGUCUCCUCCAGCUCUUGCCCCCCUCCCUAGCAGGGAACGUCUCUGCCAGGAUUUUCUGCUCAGUUCCCUAAUGACAUCUCAGCAAGGUUCUUCUAUUCUGCACUGGUGAAUGACGAUCUUCACCCACGACUCUUUGGGAAGGAGGAGUCCAGAAGAGUGGCUGCCUCUGCCAGGGUGGGAAAGCAAUGCCAGGAACUCAACAGGUAGAGUAGAGGGCUUCUUAGGGACAGAGCCUUCCCAGGGAGUUUUCCUGCUCUGGGAUUGGUUAGCAGAGUUGGCUCUGGUUUCAGGGCCAAACUAUUUCCUUCACUGGUCCUUUUAGCUUUUUGGCUCUAUCUUCAGGGCCAAGGGAUAUUCCUUUCACUGACUCUCUGGUUCUAGAGCCAAAGUGUGUUUCUUUGCCUCUGUUUUCAGAGUUUGGAUGUUUCUUUGGUUCUGGGCCCAGGGAUAAAGUGCUUCUUUCACUGACUCAGGUUUCAUAUCCAGGGUGUGUUUCUUUCACUGGCUCUGGUUUCAGAAUCAGGAUGCUCAACGAUUGGUUGGUUUCCUGCUCAGGGAUUGGUUAGACUUUCUGCUCAGGGAUUGGUUGGGUUCCUGUUCAGGGAGUGGUGGAUUCCUGUUUCACUUGAUCAGGAGCAGAGUUGGAUCUGGACUGAGGGUCAAACUGUGUUCCUUUCACUGACGUUGUUUAACUUUCUGGUUAUAGUUUUGGGGCCAGGACAUAUUUCUUUCACUAGCUCUGGUCCCAGGGCCAAAGUGUGUUUCUUUGGCUCUGGUUUCAAAGUCAGGAUGUUUUUCUUGGAUUCUGGGUUUAGGGAUAAAAUGUUUCUUUCACUGGCUCAGGUUUCAGAGCUUGGGUGUUUUCAUUCAUUGGCUCAGGUUUCAGAUCCAGGGUGCUAGAUUUUGUGCUCAGGGAUUGGUUAGUUUCUCUGCCUGGGCCUUUUACCCUACAGUCCACCUGACUGUGCCUCCCCAUUGCUGGGAAUGAAAGGCAUGUGCACCCAUGCCCAGCCAAGUUUAUUUCCACUAGGUGAAUUGCUGCCUUUAUCCCCUUCUACCUCGAUUUUAAAAUUGACCUAAGUCUUUUUUUGACUAUGAAAAUGGUACUUAACCUUUAACAUAUUUUUAUGGUUAGCACAUGGUUGGGUCUGCUUAAUUUCAAAUCUAACCUAACAAUCUAUACUUCAUAGUUUAGGUUUAGAUCAUUUAAUAUGAUUAGUGGUAUUCCUAGGAUCGUCUAUUAUCGUGACAGUUUUCUGUAAAUACAUGAAACAACAAAAGUGAUUUUGAAUUUCAACUGAACCCUGAUUGUGUCCAGAAUAGAAAUCUGAUGUAAACUGCCCUUCCUCUCCACGAUUAAAACAAGCCAAUUUUUUAGUUCAGUCUUUUCAAAUUUAUCACAGUCCCUACCAUUAUUACACAGCGAGGAGGAAUCCUUCUGCAGUGGGUCUCAGGCAAAGUGUAAUCAAAUCAGUUAUGUCUCGAUCUGAUUUUAUUCCAGUUCUGCACUUAAAUUAAAGCUCGUCUGUACACUCCAUAGGAGAGAUUAUAAAUUACCUGCAGAACACGGAAGAACCAGGGCACCUUUUAAGCGUGCACCCCUGUGGGAACUCCCACAAGCCUCUGGGGCAGCUCCCAGACGGGCUGGCCAGGUUGCACGCUGCGAUUUCUCUGAUGGCAGAAGAGCGCUAGACGACCUGGAGUCUUAGACACCGGGACUGUAUUUCCCUGGGGCGCCUGCGCCGAAAGCCGACCAUCCAAUUCCGGCAGCCUGGGCCGCUAAAGUGGAAGUUCAUCUUUCUAGUUGGAAGAAGACAUUUCUGUUUGGCGUAAUUCUCCACUGAGUGAGGCCGGAGCCAGAGUGCUGAGUGUGGACGGUAGUUGUGUCUGGGAGGACCCUGAAGAAGAAUGGCCAGCUCUGGUUCUCAAGACAUGGUCUGUGGCCCAGUGACAUUUGGGGAUGUGGCUGUUGACUUCUCUCAGGAGGAGUGGGCCUGCCUGGAUGCUACUCAGAGGGUCUUCUACAGGGACAUGAUGUUGGAGACCUACAGCAACCUGGUCACAGUGGUGGGACGUUCCAUCUCCAAACCCCACCUGAUCACCUUAUUAGAGCAGAAGAGAGAGCCCUGGAUGGUGGUGAAGGAAGAAACAGACAGCCCCAGCCCAGUGGGAAGUUCUAUUUCCAAACCCGAUCUGAUCACCUUAUUAGAGGAGGAGAGAGAGCCCUGGAUGGUUGUGAAGGAAGAAACAGACAGCCCCAGCCCAGUGGGAAGUUCCAUUUCCAAACCCGAUCUGAUCACCUUAUUAGAGCAGGAGAGAGAGCCCUGGAUGGUUGUGAAGGAAGAAACAGACAGCCCCAGCCCAGAUUUGGAGUCAUGUUAUGAAGCUGAAAAUGCAUCUCAAGAAAAUCAUAUUUAUAAUAGAAAUUUGUUCAAGCAAAGCAUAAGGAACUUAAGCAAAACUUUUGGCCUCAAGGCAUCCAGUUUUAGUAAUGGCCCCAACUAUAGUACAUCCAAGGAACUACCGAGUUAUCAAGGAGAUGGUUAUCAAAAAAUUAGUAACAAAGAAAAACUACUUACUGAUACCUUCCAGACUCUUGCUCACAAUAUAGAAAAACCGUAUGAAUGUAAACAGUGUGGGAAAUACUUCAGUUGUAGUUCAAAUCUUAGUCAGCAUCAGAGUAUUCAUACUGGAGAGAAACCCUAUGAAUGUAAGGAAUGUGGAAAAACCUUUAGACUUCCCCAACAUUUUGCAAGACAUCAGAAGUCUCACAGUGGUAAGAGACCUUUUGAAUGUGAUGAGUGUGGAAAGGGUUUUCAACUUCCUAGUGUGCUUAAGUACCAUAAAACCAUUCAUACAGGUAUAAAACCAUUUGAAUGUGAGGAAUGCGGGAAGUCCUUCAAGCGAUUCUCCCACCUCGCUGAACAUAGGAUCAUUCAUGCUGAUGUGAAACCGUAUGAAUGUAAUGAGUGUGGGAAAGCCUUUAGUCGUCGCUCAAACCUCAUGCAACAUCAGAAAAUUCAUUCUGGCGAGAGACCCUUUCAGUGUAAGGAAUGUGGGAAGGCCUUCACUGUUCUGGCACACCUCACUCGGCACCAGAACAUUCAUAGUGGAGAGAAAUCUUUUGAAUGUAAGGAAUGUGGGAAGAUAUUCAGUUGUGGGUCAUUCCUUCUGCAGCACCAGAGUAUUCAUACUGGGGAGAAACCCUUUGAGUGUAAUGUGUGUGGGAAGGCUUUUAGGCUUCAGGUAUACCUUUCUGAGCAUAUGAAAACUCACACUGGUGAGAAACCUUUCAAGUGCAUGCUUUGUGGUUUAGCCUUCAGACGUAAGUACCAGCUUAGUGAACAUCAGAGAAUCCAUACUGAUGAGAAACCCUAUCAGUGCAAGGAAUGUGGCAAACUCUUUCGUCAUCAUUCAAAUUUAAUUGACCAUCAGAGUAUCCACACUGGAAAGAAACCCUUUGAGUGUAAAGACUGUGGGAAAGUCUUUAGACUUAAUAUUCAUCUCAUACGACAUCAGAGGUUACAUAGUGGUGAGAGACCUUUCGAAUGUAAAGAAUGUGGAAAGGCUUUUCAUCUUCCCAGCCAGCUCAAUUACCAUAAAAUUGUUCAUACAAGCAUAAAACCCUUUGAAUGUGAAGAAUGUGGGAAGUCCUUCAAGCAUGUGUCCACCCUUGUCCAACAUAGGAUCAUUCAUGCUGAUGUGAAACCGUAUGAAUGUAAUGAGUGUGGGAAAGCCUUUAGUCGUCGCUCAAACCUCAUGCAACAUCAGAAAAUUCAUUCUGGUGAGAGACCCUUUCAGUGUAAGGAUUGUGGGAAGGCCUUCACUGUCCUGGCACUGCUCACUCGGCACCAGAACAUUCAUAGUGGAGAGAAAUCUUUUGAAUGUAAGGAAUGUGGGAAGAUAUUCAGUUGUGGGUCAUUCCUUCUGCAACACCAGAGUAUUCAUACUGGGGAGAAACCCUUUGAGUGUAAUGUAUGUGGGAAGGCUUUUAGGCUUCAGGUAUACCUUUCUGAGCAUAUGAAAACUCACACUGGUGAGAAACCUUUCAAGUGUAAGCUCUGUGGGUCAGCCUUCAGACGUAAGUACCAACUUAAUGAACACCAGAGAAUCCAUACUGAUGAGAAACCAUAUCAGUGCAACGAAUGUGGGAAAUAUUUUCGUCGACGUUCAAAUUUUACUGAACAUCAGAGUAUCCACACUGGAAAGAAACCCUUUGAGUGUAAGGAAUGUGGUAAAGCCUUUAGACUUAAUAUACAUCUCAUUCGACAUCAGAGAUUUCAUAGUGGUGAGAAGCCUUUUGAAUGUGAUGAGUGUGGAAGGACUUUUCAUCUUCCCAGCCAGCUUAAUUACCAUAAAACCAUUCUUCACACUGCUCAAAAAAUAUUUGAAUGUGAGGAAUGUGGGAAGUCCUUCAAGCGAUUCUCCAGCCUUGUUGAACAUAGGAUCAUUCAUGCUGGUGUGAAACCGUAUGAUUGUAAUGAGUGUGGGAAAGCCUUUAGUCGUCGCUCAAACCUCAUGCAACAUCAGAAAAUUCAUUCUGGCGAGAGACCCUUUCAGUGUAAGGAAUGUGGGAAGGGCUUUACUCUUCUGGCACAGCUCACUCGGCACCAGAGCAUUCAUAGUGGAGAGAAAUCAUUUGAAUGUGAGCAGUGUGGGUCAGCUUUCAGACUUAAGUCCCAACUCAGUCAACAUCAGAGAAUUCAUACUGAUGUGAAACUCUUUCAGUGCAAGGAGUGUGGAAAGGACUUUAUUCAUAGUACGGGCCUUCGAAUUCACCAGAGAAUCCACACUGGUGAAAAGCCCUUUAAAUGUAAAGAAUGUGGAGAAGCCUUUCAAUAUCAUUACCAAUUUCUUGGACACUUUAGAAUUCAUACUGGCAAGAAUCCUUAUGAAUGUACUCAAUGUGGGAAGUACUUUACGUGUGACAGAGACCUUAAGUUACACCAAAGAAUUCAUACUGUUGAGAAACUUUACCAGUGUUAAGAAUGUGGGAAGGCCUUUGGUUGAAAAUCCAGCUUGGUUUGAAAUGCUAAAAUUCAUAUUGGUAAGAAGCCAAUGUAGUAAGCCCUUUUGUGAUAAUUCUACUUUAGCAGUGUAUCUGAGAAUUCACACUGGCGAGAAACCCUAUGAAUCUAAGAAUGUGGGGAGAUGUUUAGAUUUAAUUUUAGUCUUCAUUGCACAGUGGAGAAGUCAUGCUGGCAUGAACCCUUAUCACUGUAAAGAAUGUGGAAAAACCUUACAUUUGAGUCUUCAUGAACAUAAAGGAAUCCAUGUUGGUUUGAAACCCUCUGAAUGGAAAGAAUGUGGAAACUUAUAGAAUUAGCUCAGCUUUCAAACCUCAGAGAGUCCAUAUAGUUCCUCAGCUCUGUGAAUGUGAAGAAUGUGGGAAAGUCCUCUUUGUAAAUGGUGAGCCAGCAUUUUCAGGAGUCCUGUGCUUGCAUGGAAGGAGGACACACCUUUGUAUGAAAAGUUUACUGAACAUCAGAGAACUCAUAUUGGCAAGACUGGGACUGAAAAGAAUGUGGGAAGAACUUUAUUCUGCCCUAGGAUUUGGUCAACAUCAGAGUAUUCAUGUAUUCUUGAUAAUGAGAAUGCAAGAAGUCUGUUGUUCAGAGGUGAUAUUCUGCUGAGAGUGUCAGGUAAUGUUAGCCAUCAUGUUCUUGAUUUACUCUCAUCUCAUUCUAUAAACUUAAUUUGUCAAAUACUUUUCACACAGGUCAGCCAACUUUCGGAAACCAGUUACUGGAGCUAGGUUUAUCUGAGGUUCCUUCCUUGUCACCAUUAAUGUUCUAUGGCUCCCGUCAUAAUAUCAUAAAUAUACUGCAUAUUUACUUUCAGUUUGCAUAAUUUGUUAAUGGCCAGCUCAGUACCAAAGUCAUGAGAACAUGGUAAGAUUUUUCAAGAGUGUUUGGUUAAUGCCUGUGUUCUGUAAAAUAACUUUUACAUUUUUCUCCCUUGGCAUUACAGUAACUGAUAGGACAGGCUGUUUGUAUUUUACAUAGUUUAGAAACCCCUCAUGCAUUCAUCUACUAGAAAAUUUUAAACACCUUCGUUCUGUAUACAUCUAUUGUGCAAAAAGGAAUAUGAAAGGAUUUGAAUUGCAAAUCCAUUAAGUAUUUGUGUGGAGAUGUUUAAAAAACACAGAUAUUCCGACAGCCUCCAAAACAAUACAGAGAAACCCUGUCUCGAAAAACCAAAAAAAAAAAAAAACAAAACAAAACAAAAAAACCACAGCUAUUGAUGAAUAAGUACUUUCUAAAGGGGUUGAACCCAUAAAAUUUUCAUAAGAUAAAACCCUAUAAUUUAUGUACUUCUUCCACACAGUAAGAUAAACUACAUUUGUGACAGUGCAAGAACGUCCACAGCAUCAUCCAUCUCUUAUUCUUACUUGGCACUUCAGGUUUUGAUAGAAUUUGAUUUCCUUGAUGGUGAAUCUCAUGGAAAAUUACCCAACUCUAUUCAGGGAACCUGAGGUCAAAUUGCCCCUGAUAAUUUACCUGGCUUCUUUUAAAGAGCCUAUGUGUGCAAACCUUCCCCUCCAGCUACUGCUUAUCUUGGCUACUGUUAAACUGUCUCCCUGGGCAAAAGCUCCCCCUCCAGCUGCAGAGCAAGAUUAGAGGAGAUUGGAUUUGCUCUAAGUGGUUGUGACUACACUUAGGUCCUGAGUAUCUGAGUGUGGUCCCAGCUGACUGAAAUAAAUACUUUUAGUUGUAUAUAAACACUUUCUGAGUGGUCUUCCCUGGUGGGCUCCCCAUUACAUAUUAGCAAAAGUUGCCAAUACAUUUGUGAACCAGGCAGUUGUGGCACACAGCUAUAAUCCCAGCACUUGGGAGGUAGAGGCAGGUGGAUUUCUAUGAAUUUGAGGCCAGCUUUGUCUACAGAGUGAGUUCCAGGACAGCCAGAAACCCUGUCUUGAUCCUCCAUCAUAAAUGUCUGAAAACUUUCAUACAUAUGGAAAAGUUGGAGUAGUAAACAAUACAUUUCUGGAUCAUCAUCUAGAUUGGAAAUUGUUAUCAAUUUCCUGUGUUGAUGCUUUGUUCUGUAUAUAUGGGUAUUUGGGGUGUAACAUUAAGAAUGGUUUAGACAUGGGUAUAGUAGUGCAUGCCUAGUAAUUAGAAGGCUGAUACCGGAAGAUCAGGAGUUAGAAGUAAGCCAAGCUAUGUAAUAACUUCAAGUCCAACUUUGACUGUAUAGACACCCUUUAUCAAGAGAAAAUAUGUUGUAGACAUGACAUUUCAUACCUUACUACAUCAGCCAAGAUAGAAUACCACAAAGCCAUAAUUAAGGAAAUGAUCCAGAAUUUUAUGACAUUCAUAAAAUUUUCAUUGGCCUUCAAACUGUCCUUUUUACAAAAAAAAUUUUUCACAUGCAUAUCCCUAAGGAGAAUCCAAUAGAGGUAGACAUUUGGCCUUGCUUUGUCCUUUAUUAAAUUUUCAGUGCUGAUUUAACCCAGUACCAGGUUCUCUGGCAGGUAGAGCUGAGGGAGAACUGGUCCCACUGGUCAUUCCCUGGGACUGAGCAGGAUGAGGAGUGUCGAUGACUUGGACCUCCUCUCACCUAGCUACCAGGGAGAAACUGAGUAGGGAGACUUGUCAAAGCAGGUCUCAAUUUAUUACAACAGGCAGGAGCUUAUAUAGGGUUUAGGUAGGGGACUAUUAAGAUCAGGUAACGCUAUAUGAGGACCAAUAAUAUUCCACCAAGCUGGCAGGUAACUAGGCAGGGUACAUGAGGCCUUGCUGAGUCACCUUUAUGUGGAGGUUACAAGCCAGAAACCGGUUGCCAAACUCAGGAGGUUACACUGGGCUUCACAGCCAAGCCUUUUUAGGCCAAGCAACCCAGGGCCUUGUGGGUGGUAGGAAUGUAUUCGGUCAUCAAGCAAUAUUCCCAGCCCAUAGUCAUUGUACUUCUAUCCAAGGAAAAUUAUGUUCAGGGUGAGCAUUUUGAGCAAGAACACAUUGAGAUUGUAAACCAUGUUGGGACAAGUGCAGAAAUGUGUUCACUAUCAUGUUGGUGAAAUUAAGCUUAGUCAUUUUGGUAAGGUAGUAGGCACAAUUUAAUCUUGGUUAAAUAUAAAUAAAAAUUGAAAUCAGCUUCUAAAUAGCUUAAUAAUGUUAACAUAAUAAAAGUUGUGUGGUGUAACUGAA